UCUUUGGCGUGAUGAAAGUCUACUGACUGAGCAGUAGGCGGCGGUAAAGCCCCCUAAGCGAAAUACCACCGCCGUACAACCAGAAGACGAAAAAGCACAUUGUGACGUCACGACCGUCCGUCUGAACCAACAUGGCGAACAUUCGAUGCGUCAAGGGUAUGGUUGGCCUGGUGACGGGCGGUGCGUCUGGUUUGGGCCGGGCCACUGUCGAGCGUCUUGUCAAGAGUGGGGCGUCUGCCGUCAUCCUGGACCUGCCCUCCUCUGAUGGACAAGCCCUGGCAACCAGUCUGGGAGAACAGUGUGCUUUCGCUCCUGCAGAUGUCACAUCAGAGGCAGAGGUGCAGAACGCAGUGUCUCUGGCCAGAGAGAAGUUUGGGAAGCUGGACCUUGCAGUCAACUGCGCCGGCAUCGCUGUGGCUGUCAAAACCUACAACUUUAAAAAGGGCACUGCUCACAGCCUGGAGGACUUCCAACGUGUUAUCAAUGUGAAUAUCGCAGGAACAUUUAAUGUGAUUCGCCUUGCGGUGGGUGAGAUGGGGAAGAACGAGCCUGACGCAGACGGACACAGAGGCUGCAUCAUUAACACUGCAAGUGUGGCAGCCUUUGAUGGACAGGUCGGUCAAGCAGCAUACUCGGCCUCUAAAGGUGGCAUAGUUGGAAUGACUCUCCCCAUUGCACGAGACCUGGCACCCAUGGGCAUCAGAGUCAUCACCAUUGCACCUGGUCUGUUUUCCACUCCUCUCCUGGCUGGUCUUCCUGAGAAGGUGCAAUCCUUUCUUGCCCGCCAGGUGCCCUUUCCCUCGCGCCUGGGAGACCCUGCUGAGUUUGCUCACCUGGUGACAUCGCUGGCUGAGAACCCCAUGAUUAAUGGCGAGGUCAUUAGACUGGAUGGAGCCAUUCGCAUGCAGCCUUGAGACAGAUGUGUGUAUGUCUAUGUCUGUUGAAUGUAUUUAUGUUGUUGAAGGCUGCAAUACAUACACACUUUCAUCCAUCCAUUCAUUUUCUACCACUUUAUCCUCUCACAGGAGGGUCACAGGGGGUUGCUGUGCCAAUCUCAGCUGACAUAGGGCGAUAGGCGGGGUCACACCCUGGACAGUUUGCCAGUCCAUCGCAGGGCCACAUACAAACUUACUGAUGACUAAUCAUGUUUUAGAGCAUUGCAGUACUUCAUGAACUACACUUAGUUUUGUAAACUAAUCCAUGUUAUAAUAAACCUAUGGUUGGUUUGAUUAUCCACACUCUUUCCUUGAAAAA